GAUGCGCUGAGCUAGUAUAUAAGGCUUCCUCGCACCCGGCGGGCCACAUUACUGAAGUCAGUGCGAAGCGUUUGAGACUGUGUGCUCUUACUCAGCGAAGUGCGUUAACGUUUUAAUUGAAUUUCCACGUUGAAAAAAAGCUACAGAAACAUGCCUGAACAAAUGGAGACCACUGCUGGCGAGGUCGAGACCUUUGCCUUCCAGGCUGAAAUUGCACAGUUGAUGUCAUUGAUCAUCAACACCUUCUACUCGAACAAAGAAAUCUUCUUGCGAGAAUUGAUCUCAAAUUCGAGUGAUGCUCUUGACAAGAUUCGUUACGAGUCAUUGACAGACCCAUCCAAAUUGGAGAGUGGCAAGGAUCUGCACAUCAAGAUCAUUCCCAACAAGAAUGACAGAACCCUAACGAUCAUUGACACUGGUAUUGGAAUGACUAAGGCUGAUCUUGUCAACAAUUUGGGUACAAUUGCCAAAUCUGGAACAAAAGCUUUCAUGGAGGCUUUGCAGGCUGGAGCUGACAUUUCCAUGAUUGGUCAAUUUGGUGUGGGUUUCUACUCUGCCUACCUUGUUGCUGACAAAGUGACUGUUGUUUCCAAGCACAAUGACGAUGAGCAGUAUCUUUGGGAGUCAAGUGCUGGUGGGUCGUUCACUGUUAGGCCAGAUGUUGGUGAGCCACUUGGACGUGGUACCAAGAUCGUUCUUCAUAUUAAGGAAGAUCAAUCUGAGUAUUUGGAGGAGAGCAAGAUCAAGGAAAUCGUAAAGAAGCAUUCCCAGUUUAUUGGAUACCCAAUCAAGCUUCUUGUGGAGAAGGAACGCGAAAAGGAACUGAGCGACGAUGAGGCUGAGGCUGAGCCUGAAGAGAAAAAGGAGGAGGAGGAUGGUAAGCCAAAGAUCGAGGAUGUUGGUGAGGAUGAGGAAGAAGAUAAGGAUAAAAAGAAGAAGAAGAAGAAGACUAUUAAGGAGAAGUACACUGAAGAUGAGGAAUUGAAUAAGACAAAACCAAUCUGGACCAGGAACGCUGAUGACAUAACUCAGGAAGAAUAUGGUGAAUUCUACAAGUCAUUGACCAAUGACUGGGAGGAUCAUUUAGCUGUCAAGCACUUCUCUGUCGAGGGUCAACUUGAAUUCCGAGCUCUCCUCUUUGUUCCACGUCGUAUGCCUUUCGAUCUCUUUGAAAACAAGAAGAGGAAGAACAACAUCAAGCUCUAUGUACGCAGGGUUUUCAUAAUGGACAACUGCGAGGAACUCAUUCCAGAAUACCUCAACUUCAUGAAGGGAGUUGUUGACAGCGAGGACCUUCCUUUGAACAUUUCUCGUGAGAUGCUUCAACAGAAUAAGAUUCUUAAAGUUAUCAGGAAAAACCUGGUUAAAAAAUGUCUAGAACUCUUUGAGGAACUUACCGAGGACAAGGAGACAUACAAGAAGUUCUAUGAACAGUUUAGCAAGAACAUGAAAUUGGGUAUUCAUGAGGAUAGCACGAACCGCAACAAACUUGCCGAUCUUCUCCGUUACCAUACUUCAGCAUCUGGAGACGAAGCAUGCUCUUUGAAGGACUAUGUUGGCAGAAUGAAGGAGAACCAGAAGCAUAUCUACUUCAUCACUGGCGAGAGCAAGGAACAGGUGGCUAACAGCUCUUUCGUAGAACGUGUAAAGAAGCGUGGCUUUGAAGUUGUCUACAUGACAGAGCCCAUUGAUGAAUAUGUUGUACAACAAAUGAAAGAGUUUGAUGGUAAACAGUUAGUAUCUGUAACGAAGGAAGGUCUGGAACUGCCUGAAGAUGAAGCUGAGAAGAAGAAGCGUGAAGAAGAUAAAGCCAAGUUCGAGAAUCUCUGCAAGGUUAUGAAGACUAUUCUGGACAACAAAGUUGAGAAAGUUGUUGUUUCCAACAGGCUUGUAGAUUCACCAUGCUGUAUUGUUACGUCUCAAUAUGGAUGGACCGCAAACAUGGAAAGAAUCAUGAAGGCACAGGCCCUCAGAGAUACUUCAACCAUGGGUUACAUGGCUGCGAAGAAACAUCUUGAAAUUAAUCCUGACCAUUCAGUCAUUGAGACUUUGAGACAGAAGGCUGAAGCUGAUAAACAUGACAAGGCUGUAAAGGAUCUUGUUGUCCUCCUCUUUGAAACUGCCCUCCUUUCCUCUGGGUUUACCCUGGAUGAACCUCAAGUCCAUGCUGCUAGAAUUUACAGGAUGAUCAAGCUUGGACUUGGAAUCGACGAUGAGGAUCCUGUUGUUGAAGAACAAAAAACUGUUGAGGAUGUAGUACCACCCCUCGAAGGAGACAGCGAAGACGCUUCUCGUAUGGAGGAAGUUGAUUAAGAAGCCUUUUUCCAUUAGAGACUAAUUUAACUUGAUCUUAGACACUGCCCGCGAUCAAACCACGUUUUAUGUGGUUGUCCCUCGUUAAUCAUUUACAAUCUCUUUGUAUCAUACAUGACUCAUUCUUCCAUCGCUCUUUAUAAUUUAUCAUUCCUAAUGUUAAAUCGUAUACCAAAUAUUUUUUGCACGUAAGCUCCACACUGCUAUGUUGUAAUAAAUAAAUUAUAACAUAAGGAAAUACUGCCUUCA